AUGGCGCCUCCUCCUGCAGAAUCCGCUGCCUCACCCAUCGGCAUUGCGAAUCUGCCAAACCAGCGACACAAGAUUGUCGCGAAGAGAGGUGCCGCUUUCACGAUCAUGGUUGCGGGAGAAUCAGGCUUGGGAAAGACUACAUUCAUCAACACCCUCUUCUCAACCACCAUCAAAAACUACCAAGACCAUAAGAGACGACAUGCUAAGCAGGUUGACAAGACGGUCGAGAUUGAGAUCACGAAGGCUGAACUAGAAGAGAAAUUCUUCAAGGUUCGCUUGACUGUCAUCGAUACACCCGGAUUUGGCGACUACGUCAACAACCGAGACUCCUGGAUGCCCAUCAUCGAGUUCCUCGACGACCAGCACGAGUCAUACAUGUUGCAGGAGCAGCAACCCCGCCGACAAGAGAAGAUUGAUCUCCGUGUUCAUGCCUGUCUCUACUUCAUUCGCCCUACAGGACACACCUUGAAGCCUCUGGACAUCGAAGUCAUGAAGCGGUUGUGCACUCGCGUCAACUUGAUUCCCGUGAUCGCUAAGGCUGAUACCCUUUCGCCUGCCGACUUGGCGCGCUUCAAGCAGAGGGUGCGAGCUGUCAUCGAAGCACAAGGCAUCAAGAUUUACCAGCCCCCCGUCGAGGACGACGACGAAGCUGCUGCUCAACACGCCCGUGCUUUGAUGGCUGCCAUGCCAUUUGCAGUGAUUGGUAGCGAGAAGGAUGUCAAAACUACCGAUGGCCGGGUCGUAAAAGGUCGACAAUAUGCUUGGGGUGUCGCUGAGGUUGAGAACGAAGAGCACUGCGACUUCAAGAAGCUUCGUUCUAUCCUGAUUCGCACUCACAUGCUUGAUCUGAUUCACACUACCGAGGAGAACCACUAUGAAGCCUACCGUGCUCAGCAAAUGGAAACGAGGAAGUUUGGCGAGGCGAGACCAAGAAAACUGGACAACCCCAAGUUCAAGGAAGAAGAGGAAGCUCUCCGGAAGCGCUUCACAGAACAAGUCAAGGUUGAAGAACAGAGAUUCCGGGCUUGGGAACAGAAGUUGAUUGCAGAGAGAGACCGUCUAAACAAGGACCUGGAAUCGACUCACGCCGCAAUCAAGCAAUUGGAGCAAGAACUCGAGCAGAUGCAAGGCAGUGCAGUCCGGAGCCAUGGCCGUCGCUAA